AAUAUGGGGGCAGUUGAUUAUCCUAAGCAAGUCCGCAAACCGAACACGCCCCCUACCAUGCUUUGAAUUAUGGGAGAUGUGGUCUGUUAUUUGAUUGAACAUGGAAAAAAUGGACGUGCAGCCGCCGCCUAUCCGAACCUUAGAUGAUUUUGUUUUGAGCUCGGCUCAGUUCGCCGUGCCAGAUAUUCGUAAUCUGGAGAGAUGGAACAAUCGGAUCAUAAACAACUUGCUGUAUUACCAGUCCAACUAUUUCGUCUCGUUUUUGACCAUCCUGGGAAUAGUAGGUUAUUUCCAGCCCUUCAACCUCUUCUUGGGGGCCACAGUUGUGACAUUGAUAUUCAUGGGGUUUGUAUGGGCAGCAGAGAACCAGGCCCCCAUUAGACGGUUCCGCCGGAACCACCCGUCCCUGGCCCUGGGUGCCAUUCUGGGGGCCAGCUACCUCUUCCUCACAGUGCUUGGGGGAGUGGCCGUCUUCCUCUUUGGCAUAGCCUUCCCCAUCUUAUUGAUAUUGAUCCACGCCUCUGUUAGACUGCGGAGCCUCAAGAACAAGUUGGAGAACAAGCUGGAGAGCAUUGGUUUGAAGAGAACACCUAUGGGGCUCCUAUUGGAGUCACUAGGACAGGAACAGGAAGCUGGAUCUUAGAGGGGGAGGAGAGGAGGAAAAAAGGAGAUAUGUGCCCUGUUCUAUUUCAGUCUCUUGCCUCUUGCUCCUUUGGUAUGCCCAAAUCUGAAAGGAAUGGAUGAAGCAAUAUGGUGAUGAAGCUAAACUCCAUCAUAUAUCCUGUCCUGCCCAGAUAUGUAAUCACAGGGGUAGGUGCCAGAGACUUAAAUGGAAUGGGGCCUCUCAUACUGAGUGCACGAAAAGUAGAGGAAGAGAGGAGGGAAGUAAAGCAAAGAUGCAAUGAUUGUUAUGAUUUCUCAGUGUCACAAAGGUGGUGUAACAGAUUGUAAAUUCUGUGGAAUCUAUUUGGCCUAUGUAAUGCACACACUAACUGAUGUGGGUUCUUCCACCGCGAUGUAAGUCAUUUUGCACCCCUUGACAAGUUCCUGAUAUAGAGUUUACAUUGUAUCGUCAGAAAAAGACAAAAAAAAGACAUUGUGCGCUGAAAAUCUGCGCUGAGAAGUAAACGUGGCCUCCUAACAGACGUGUGUUGUAAGUGCUACAAUAAGAUGGUUUUUAAAAUGCAAUUUUACGCCAGUGUUAUGGUUACAAAAAAUGAUUUUACAUAGAAACCUAAAGGUGUUUGAUGAGUCACUACUCUGUGACUCCUGACCACACUGCUUUUUGUGUUAUUGUACAUCUUCUACUAUUGUUGGGUUUUGCAAUUUAAUGCAGUUGAAAGUUUAAAUGUGUUUUGGGAUGGAAGGGUAACAGUGGAUCAUCUGUAUGCUUUGAAUAGAAAUAUAAUUAAUUCUACUUCUAUAAUUUUAUUAUGCCAAGAAUGUUUACCGGGAUUAUUUAUGCCUCUGUCCACGCAUUAUUUGGUGCCAAGAACAUUAAUGUCAGUCUGCCUUCAUUGUUUAAAAUUCUAUUCAAUUGAGAAUAUUUUAUAUUUCUUUGAUCAUUGCCUUCUAUGGACUUAAUGUGUGCUUUUUUUUUACAAUGCUGUCAACAUGUAUUUACACUUAAUUUACUAAAUAAUAUACCUUACAUCUGCAAUAUCUUGUCAUUAUGUUAUUCUGCAAUCAGCCUAUUAUAAAUGAUUCGAUUUAACGAUCAAAUUCGAAGAAUAGAUACAGGCAUGGCCAAAGGUUUUGAGAAUGACACAAAUAUUCAUUUUCACAAAGUUUGCUGCCUCAGUGUCUAGAUAUUUUUGACAUAUGUUACUAUGGAAUACUGAAAUAUAAUUACAAGGAUUUAAUAAGUGUCAAAGGCUUUUAUUGACAAUUACAUGAAGUUGAUGCAAAGAGUCAAUACUUGCAGUGUUGACCCUUCUUUUUCAAGACCUCUGCAAUCCACCCUGGCAUGCUGUCAAUUAGCUUCUGGGCCACAUCCUGACUGAUGGCAGCCCAUUCUUGCAUAAUCAAUGCUUGGAGUUUGUCAGAAUUUGUGGGGUUUUGUUUGUCCACUUGCCUCUUGAGUAUUGACCACAAGUUCUCAAUGGGAUUAAGGUCUGGAGAGUUUCCUGGCCAUGGACCCAAAAUAUCAAUGUUUUGUUCCCCGAGCCACUUAGUUUUCACUUUUGCCUUAUGGCAAGGUGCUCCAACAUGCUGGAAAAGGCAUUGUUCAUCACCAAACUGUUCCUGGAUGGUUGGGAGAAGUUGCUCUCAGAGGAUGUGUUGGUACCAUUCAUUAUUCAUGGCUGUGUUCUUAGGCAUAAUUGUGAGUGAGCCCACUCCCUUGGCUGAGAAGCAACCCCACAUAUGAAUGGUCUCAGGAUGCUUUACUGUUGGCAUGACACAGGACUGAUGGUAGCGCUCACCUUGUCUUCUCCGGACAAGAUUUUUUCCGGAUGCCCCAAACAAUCGGAAAGGGGAUUCAUCAGAGAAAAUGACUUUACCCCAGUCCUCAGCAGUCCAAUCCCUGUACCUUUUGCAGAAUAUCAGUCUGUCCCUGAUGUUUUUCCUGGAGAGAAGUGGCUUCUUUGCUGCCCUUCUUGACACCAGGCCAUCCUCCAAAUGUGUUUGCCUCACUGUGCGUGCAGAUGCCUGCUGCCAUUCCUGAGCAAGCUCUGUACUGGUGGUGCCCCGAUCCCACAGCUAAAUAAACUUUAGGAGACGGUCCUGGCACUUUCUGGACUUUCUUGGGCGCCAUGAAGCCUUCUUCACAACAGUCGCUCUAGAUAAGAGCGUCUGCUAAAUGACUUAAAUGUAAAUGUAAUUGAACCGCUCUCCUUGAAGUUCUUGAUGAUCCGAUAAAUUGUUGAUUUAGGUGCAAUCUUACUGGCAGUAAUAUCCUUGCAUGUGAAGCCCUUUUUUUGCAAAGCAAGGAUGACGGCACGUGUUUCCUUGCAGGUAACCAUGGUUGACAGAGGAAUAACAAUGAUUCCAGGCACCACCCUCCUUUUGAACCUUCCAAUCUGUUAUUUGAACUCAAUCAGCAUGACAGAGUGAUCUCCAGCCUUGUCUUCGUCAACACUCACACCUGUGUUAACGAGAGAAUCACUGACAUGAUGUCAGCUGGUCCUUUUGUGGCAGGGCUGAAAUGCAGUGGAAAUGUUUUUUUGGGGGAUUCAGUUAAUUUGCAUGGCAAAGAGGGACUUUGAAGUUAAUUGCAAUUCAUCUGAUCACUCUUCAUAAUAUUCUGGAGUUUAUGCAAAUUGCUAUCAAACUGAGGCAGCAGACUUUGGGAAAAUUAAUAUUUGUGUCAUUCUCAAAACUUUUGGCCAUGACUGUACAUCCUGCCUGGUCACACAAUAACAACUGAAAACAUGCACCAGCAGAGGUCAGCAGAGGCAAGCACGGAGGGACCCAAAUAUUCUGUGCAGCAUGCUAAUGUUAUUAAUGAUAAAAUAUACAAAUGAGUUUGAGGACCACACAACAUGUCAUCAUGUGAGUCCCAGUUUACUUCGAUAUGAUGGUUAUUUUAUCAAUAUUUGUGCAUAAAAGCAUUUCCACUGCCAUUUCUCGCAUAAUAAAUUUUACCAACACAAAAAGA